CCUUACGAAAAUGCCAAAUAAAUGUUUCAGUGUUUUUCAAGACUCAUGUAACUGGUUACAUCAUCAUCUAGUGAAGUAAACGCCAUGGGGAGGCGUAUUAUUGUUCUGCUAUUAUAUAGUUAACAGAAAAAGUAAAAAAGAAAAAAGCUAAAAAAUUAAACAAACUAAUGGUAUUCGGUUCAAUAUCUUCUCUUUCCAGAGCAGCUAAUGAUGGUACUCUCGAGCAUCUAUUAACGGUGACCGAUAUAGAAUCUGCUACUGAUAAUGAUGAUAAUCAAUACAAGUUUAGAAUACGGAAUUUGACUAGAGAAACUGAUGGCGGAGCGAAAAUACUUAACGGAGUUAACUUGGAUGUACCAAAAGGUGUUAUCGUUGGGAUUGUGGGACCUAGUGGUAGCGGAAAAUCUACGUUUUUAAGGUCGUUGAAUCGCCUGUGGGAGCCACCGCCUGGUACGGUGUUUCUUGAUGGCUGUGAUAUCCGCGACCUUGAUGUUCUCAGUCUUCGCCGUAAGGUUGGCAUGCUUUUCCAGAUUCCGGUUCUUUUUGAAGGCACCAUUGCAGAUAACAUACGAUAUGGCCCACAACUGAGGGGGAAGAAACUUUCUGACAAUGAAGUUCACAAAUUGCUGAUCCUUGCUGACCUUGAUUCUUCCUUUCACAAGAAAAAUUAUGGUGAAUUAUCUGUAGGUCAAGCUCAAAGGGUUGCUCUUGCUAGGACUCUGGCUAACGAACCAGAGGUUUUGCUGCUAGAUGAGCCAACAAGUGCAUUGGAUCCAAUAUCAACACAAAACAUAGAAGAAGUUAUUGUGAAACUGAAGAAGAAUCAGGGAAUGACAAUUGUGAUGGUCUCUCACAGUAUCAAACAGAUUCAGAGAGUUGCUGAUGUGGUUUGCCUUCUCGUAAAUGGAGAAGUUGUUGAAGUUUUGAAACCCAAUGAACUCUCAGAAGCCAAGCAUCCCAUGGCACAAAGGUUUCUUCAACUCAGCUCUUGAGACCUUUUGCUGUUCUUGUAUAAUCUCAUGACGUUUGGAAUUCAAGUCAUUAUGCCAAUAAGUUAUUUCUAUCAUUCCAGACUUGUUUCUGGAAUUCUCAGAUCGGUCAUCUACAAACUCUGAAAAUAUGUUGCUUUUCUUUUGUUUCAUUUUAAUAUAUGUUAGAAAUAUUAAGAAAUUUCCACAUGCAUUUGAACUUCCGCAUGAAUGAAUUUUCUUUUUUAGCCUUA